CAACGACAGAUUCCUUAAAAAUUACCAGUUAUUUCAGUUAUUUAGGAAAUAAUUUACAUGUACUAUACAAUCGAUUUUUAAGAAUACUGAGCAUGUGUAAUCGGUCUAGAACUAACGAAAAUCAAUUUCGUUGCUAUGACGAUCUUAUGUUUACACAUACCUGCUAUUCAACCUAAAACAUUUUAAUCAUAAUGGGGAAGAACUGCGGCGAACAUAGAGAUACAUGGGUACAGCAGGCAAACACAUGACUUGUGCUUGUAUUCUGCUUUUCCAAGUUUUAAAGACGAAAGGAAUAUGGGAAUACAACACUAAUCUGAGAAGAAAUGAAACGGCUCCCUGUGGCGGUUCGGGAUCAUUUAUCAAUUUGUGCGGCCUGUGUGUGGGAGGGGAAACAGGCAGAUUGGAUACUGAAGGACUGGACAGCUGCAAAGUGUGUGGUGGAGAUGACAACUGUGUUGGCUGUGAUAAUGUGGUGGGAAGUAACAAGAUAUCCGAUGCUUGUGGGGCUUGUUUGGGGCUUGAUGAUGACUUACGUGACAGGUGUACAAGAAUCACAUCUGUAUAUCCGAUGACAUUGGACAAGGCCGUGGAGAAAUUAGCAACAGUCAACCUGAGAGGAGCAGGAAUCAACCCUGGUAAUCUUCCUGACUUAAGCUGCAGUUUGGAACCGACAAAUCGACAGCAACAAGGAUACCAGGCACAGCAGGUAGAAAAGAUGAGUGUUGAAGAUGGUGUGAUCCAGUUGGAGAUAAUCCUCACAGAAAAGCUUGAUGGGUUUUAUACAAUUAACUGUAGCUCCAAUACAGUAGGACCUGUAGCUUCAGGGAAACAAGUGACUCUCUUGAUAGUUGACAGCAAACAACUCUGUGUUACAGAAUACAAACCCAACAAUGUUACUGUUGGCAGAGAGUUUCAGAUGGAACUGACAAUACCAACAAUUGUUCAGAACAGCAAUGUAUUGUGCUAUGUGCAAAGAAAAGGACAACAAACUGCAGAAGUUGUGCAGGCUGCAGAGGUGGUAACGGGACGUGUCAAGUGCAGACCCUACGCGGCCCAGAGAGCGAGUCGCAUGGAGUGGGGAGCUGCAUAUACCUGGGAUGCAGCCAUUGACAGAGAAAGCUGUCCAUCUCCAGUAGAGCUGGUAGCAGUGGCUCCUCCACCUGUCAUAAAGAUGGCUGAGUUCUAUGAUGGAUUGCAAAAAGUGCGUAUUGUAUUUGAUCAUAACGUGGAUGGAUCUGAAAAGUGUUCUGACAUCUUUACUCCAGAGACACUUUCACUGCUUGGAGAUGGUGCCAACUGCAGUUUUGUGGCAAACAGUCUCAUUGUCACUUUGGGAUCAAACCUGAAGAUACAGGUUAACUCUGAGUUACAGUUGUUAGAUAGCAGCAAGGUAUUCAGAGAACAGUCAGAUCUAUCACUCACUGCUCCUGCAUCAGGGAAAGUAACCCUUGCUCCACCGGACCUUGAGAUUAGUACUCCUCAGAUCAAAGUGGAUGCACCAAAGUUAAUCUGUCCUGAUGCCCAACAAGGCAGCGCACUGGUGUACAGGCCUGCAGUAGUGAGUUCUUCAACUAGUUCAAGCAUGUUCGGACCUCAGGUCAUAAGAAUUGUAUCAUCUGGGGGACAGAAACUUGAAUAUAACUGGACUGUAGACUUCUCAGCUACACCAAAGGACCAACGACACAACCUGAUGGUCUGGCGGAGUGUUAGAUUGUUUCAGACUUAUCUGAAGAAAGCUUCAGGUUUUCCACAAAGUAACCAGAUCUUGAUCAACACUACCAUGUUGAUGCCAGGCAUUGAGUACAAAGUAAGUGUGACUGGGAUCAACAUGCUACAGAUGCAGGGGAAGACACAGCAGUUCUCUUUUCAUGUGAUGUCUAAUACUGAGAAAAGUGAUUCUGUAGAUGAAAUCAAUUCAUCCCAACUGGUUCUAGUGGGACCUACUACAACACUAAGCAAUGCUGUCUCUUACAUUGAAGCUAAAUUUGUCUCUUGUAAGCCACAAAUUAUGAUGCCUACUCUAAAUUGUCAGUGGAAAAUUGAAGGUGAAUUAGCACAGAAAAUAGAGCUGCCAAGCGGGAACAGGUUGUGCCUUCAUAAUGGAGUGCUACAAGGUGGAAAAGUUUACAAUAUUAGCUGUGAUUGUACCUCGGAACUUAAUGAAUCAGCUGAAAUGAUAAGCACAUAUGCAUGGCAUAUUCUGGCAGUACUUUCCCAAGGAAUAAAGGCAUACAUCACAAAGCAGGAAAUGGUAUUGGGUACAGGACAGAUGUUACAGUUAGAUGCAUCACAAUCGCAGGAUCUGGACAGUGCACCAGGGGCCUUACAGUUUUUAUGGUGUUGCCAGCAGGAGAUAGGAGAUAGAUGCUUAUUGCCAAGAGCUGGAGAACCAAUUACUUUGGAAAGUGCAUUCAAAGAUGCAUUCCAGCAGCCUGUACUGACAAUACCACCUAGUGUACUACCUGUUGGGAGGUACAUUUUUACCGUGAAAGUCUCAAAAACUGGGGUGUCACCAUCAGAGGCACAAGCUAUUGUUGCUGUGGUGCCAGGGAUGCCGGCUACUGUGAAUAUGCCUUCUGGAGCCCAGUUGGAAUUUGUGAAUCCCAAAGAGGGUGUGAAGAUUCCGGCUGUGGUGAUGAAUACCCGAGAAGGCUGCCGUAUGUGGUGGUCUGUACAGCAGGAUCCUGGUCAUGAAUACUUCAACUUGGCUGAGGUAGUUGGACUUGGAGAUACAGUCAUUGUAACUUUGGAGGAGUCUAAGGAUAAAUUUGGCAGAGAAUUUCCUUUAGUUAUACCUGGGCCUACAGGUAUUUGGCCAGGUCUGAAGGACAAUGCUGUAUACAAACUGCGUCUAAGUGUGGUCUGCCCCUCUGAACCAGUGAAAAGCUACGCAGAUUUCCUUAUUACCACAAAUUCUCCCCCCACUGUGAAAUUUUUGAAGGUGAGUCCUGUAAAAGGUGAGGCUCUGCGCACGAGGUUUAUAUUCAGCACUGAUUUGGCAGAUGAUUUUUCUGCUGACUAUCCUCUUCUGUAUAAGUAUGGAUACCGCUUCAGUGAUCAGGAGCAAAUCCACUUCUUUAGCACAUCAAAUGUGGACUUACAAGUCACCACCAUUCUUCCUGCAGUUAUGGGUCCUGAGACUGUAACCAUUCCUGUAUUGAUGGUGUGUGAUGUUCAUAGGCUUUGUGCCAUAGAAAGUGGUGAACAAAUAACCACAACCUUGCCAAGUAACCUCACCCUUAUGGAAGUUCAGCAAAUUGGUACACAGUUUGCAGACUAUAUUGCAACUGAGCAGUAUCCUGAAGCAAUGAGUAUGGCUCAAACAUCUCUGCAGACCUUGAAACAGUUGCCAAACCACAGUCUCUUCACUGCAGGGGCUGAGAUACUUGAGAGUGUGAUUCAAAAGGAACUCAUGAGAAAACAGGAUGGCUUGGAUGCAAACUCAGGAUCCUUGCGGUCAAGUUUAGAUUUCCUGGAUAUGUCCAUCAUUGUGCUUAGUGAAUUGCCAAUGUCAGGCUCAACAUUGCAAGAUCUUGCAGCAUUUAAGGAUAAAAUUCUUAGUGUAGCAAAACAUAGUGGUGAACUCAGACUAAAAUACAGAUCAUUUCCAGACAGAGAUUCAGCUUCUAAAAGGCAGUCACGUCAGAGACGCAGCAGUGGAGAUACCCAACCAACCACGCUUAUUACAGUCAAUAAUGUGCAGUCCUUUCUUAAAUUGUCAGAGAGUCUGAUAAAAAGUGAGAACAGUUCUGUUGUUCUGGAAGAGAAGGAGAAGUUGCUGCAGCAAUUGCAUAUCUACAUGUACCAUCUUUGUUUGGCGAAGGAUCAGAAGAUUCCUGUAGGAACUACAGUUGUGCAUUUUAGUGUACAGAAACUUCUUUCCAAGGAUCAUAUCUUGAAGACUGCUGACUUCAAUAUACCAGAAUUUCCUCCAGAGUUUCCUUUAGCUGUAAAUGAAACAGGAUUGAUUAACCUUGGCCAGACUGUUGCUGAGAAAUUUGGUUCUUCUGGUAAAACAUGCCUUGGUGGUGCAGCAUUCCCGACAGACUACCUUACAGAUGUGGCCAUGGAAAGGAGUACACAGCCAGUUGAAGUGCAAAAGAGGGGUAGUGUCGUGUUUGAGGUACGAUUGGUGACGAUGGGAGAUGAGCAGGUUCCUAGUAAGUUGGACUAUCCUGUUACCUUUAAAAUUCCAGUGGGCAGUGCACCACUUCAGCCUGACAAGGUGUUGCAGUGUGCAACAUGGAAGGAGAAUACAUGGAGUGGAGACAGCUGUGCCACAGAAAAGUCUAUUACUAUUAAGUCACAGAUGUAUUUGGUAUGCAAAUGCAGCGUUCUGGGAUAUUAUACAGUUCUUAUUACCACUGCUCCUACAACUACGUCACCCAAUACUACAACUACUAUUACUACUAUUGAAGCAACAUCUGGCUGGGGAACAGUACUGAAAUCAGAAAUUUCUACAAUACCAACCUCAGGGACAAUGCAAGACCCCUCUUCUGCUGUUAGUACUGUUCUAGAGAACACUCAUGAUGUCUUGUGCUGUAAGGAUCUUCCUCAUUCAGACAGGGAAGGAGUGCCAGUAUCCAAUGAGACUUACAGUAUAACAUUCAAGUAUGUAACAGUACUAAUAAUAUUUAUAUAUGGAAUUUUGAAAUAGUUGUUGUUAGCAUACAGGUUUGGUAUUUGAAGGUUAAGAGGUUUAAUUUGUCAUUCAAUUAAUUUCAAGAAGAAUUUUAAUAUGUAAACAUCCACAAAGUACAUACAGCCAUGGUGUAACUGUUUGUAACUGUUCUUUAGCGUGGGUUAAAAACUAUUAUCAACUCAUAUUUAUGUAACUAUCUGGGCAUAGGACAUAUCACCUGCUGAGAACAAUAGUGACGUAACUCAGAAAUCACAGUUUCGAGAAAAAUGCCUUCGAACUUUUGGCGCAACUUCAAUCU